CAGCCCCUUCCGGGCGCCGCAGUACGGAAAGACGGCUUUGAGCUCCCGAAAAUUGAACACAAGUACUAAGGCAGCUCCCUCGUGGGGCUGAGGCUCUGGCCUAGGGUUCCAGGGCUUCGACACUCUGGGCUAUCAGUGCGGCUGGUCUGGACGCGUCGGGGCUCUAGCAGGGAGCGUGGGUCGCCAUGGCGACGCCUGCAGGGCUGGAGCGCUGGGUUCAGGAGGAGCUGCACUCGGUGCUGGGGCUCAGCGAGCGGCACGUCGCGCAGUUCCUGAUUGGUACAGCGCAGCGCUGUGCCUCCGCCGAGGAUUUUGUGCAGCGCCUACGAGACACCGAUACCCUGGACCUCAGCGGGCCGGCCCGGGAUUUUGCCCUGAAACUCUGGAACAAGGUUCCAAGGAAGGUGGUAGUAGAAAAGCCAGCUCGGACAGCGGAGCGAGAGGCCCGAGCCCUACUGGAGAAGAACCGAUCAUACAAGUUGCUGGAAGACAGUGAGGAAAGUAGUGAGGAAACUGUGGGUAGAACUGGGAGCAGCCUACAUAAGAAGCGUAAGAAACAGAAACACCUCAGGAAGAAACACCAGGAGGAGGAGGAAGAAGAGGAAGAAGAGAUUCCUGAGACAGGGAAGAACAAGACAGGGUACAGGGCAAGCAAACAGCAGACUGAGAAGCCAGAGUCAGAGGAUGAGUGGGAACGGACAGAACGGGAGCGCCUUCAGGAUCUGGAAGAACGUGAUGCUUUUGCUGAGCGGGUCCGGCAGCGAGACAAGGAUCGGACUCGCAAUGUCCUGGAGAGGUCAGACAAGAAGGCUUAUGAAGAGGCUCAGAAGCGCCUCAAGAUGGCCGAGGAAGACCGGAAAGCCAUGGUCCCUGAACUACGAAAAAAAUCCCGCCGAGAGUACCUGGCAAAGCGGGAGCGAGAGAAGUUGGAGGAUCUGGAGGCAGAGCUGGCUGAUGAGGAGUUCCUCUUUGGGGAUGUGGAGCUCAGCCGACAUGAGCGCAGGGAGCUCAAAUACAAACGGCGAGUGCGGGAUCUAGCCCGGGAGUACCGGGCAGCUGGUGAGCAGGAGAAGCUGGAGGCCACCAACCGCUACCAUAUGCCCAAGGAGACCCGAGGACAGCCAGCUCGUGCUGUGGACCUAGUGGAGGAAGAAUCAGGUGCUCCUGGGGAGGAGCAGCGGCGAUGGGAGGAGGCCCGUCUAGGGGCAGCAUCUUUGAAGUUUGGAGCCCGAGAUGCUGCCUCCCAGGAACCCAAAUAUCAACUGGUGCUGGAGGAGGAGGAGACCAUUGAGUUUGUCUGUGCCACUCAGCUUCAGGGUGAUGAGGAGCCAUCAGCUCCACCCUCUUCAGCCCAGGCUCAGCAGAAGGAGUCUAUCCAGGCCGUCCGCCGAAGCCUCCCUGUGUUCCCAUUUCGAGAGGAACUCCUGGCUGCCAUUGCAAAUCAUCAAGUCCUCAUCAUUGAAGGCGAGACAGGCUCUGGGAAGACCACCCAAAUCCCACAGUACCUUUUUGAAGAGGGUUACACAAAGAAGGGUAUGAAAAUUGCCUGCACCCAGCCCCGGAGAGUUGCAGCCAUGAGUGUGGCUGCCCGAGUGGCCCGGGAGAUGGGUGUGAAGCUUGGGAAUGAGGUUGGCUACAGCAUCCGAUUUGAGGAUUGCACAUCAGAGAGAACAGUUCUCCGCUACAUGACAGAUGGGAUGCUUCUCCGGGAAUUCCUUUCUGAGCCUGACCUGGCAAGUUACAGUGUAGUCAUGGUUGAUGAAGCUCACGAGCGGACCCUACACACAGACAUUCUCUUCGGGUUAAUCAAGGAUGUUGCUCGCUUCCGACCUGAGCUCAAGGUCUUGGUAGCCUCUGCCACACUGGAUACUGCCCGUUUUUCCACAUUCUUUGAUGAUGCCCCCGUCUUCCGGAUUCCUGGACGCAGAUUUCCAGUUGACAUCUUCUAUACCAAGGCUCCAGAGGCUGACUACCUAGAAGCCUGUGUUGUAUCUGUACUUCAGAUCCAUGUGACCCAGCCACCUGGGGAUAUCCUGGUCUUCCUGACAGGACAGGAGGAGAUUGAGGCUGCCUGUGAGAUGCUCCAGGACCGUUGCCGCCGCCUGGGCUCCAAAAUUCGGGAGCUCCUGGUGCUGCCCAUUUAUGCCAACCUGCCCUCUGACAUGCAGGCUCGAAUUUUUCAACCCACACCACCUGGGGCACGAAAGGUGGUUGUGGCAACAAACAUUGCUGAGACUUCACUCACCAUUGAGGGCAUCAUUUAUGUGCUGGAUCCAGGGUUCUGUAAGCAGAAGAGCUACAAUCCCCGCACAGGCAUGGAGUCGCUCACUGUCACACCCUGCAGCAAGGCCUCAGCCAAUCAGCGGGCUGGCCGGGCAGGUCGGGUUGCUGCAGGGAAGUGCUUCCGCCUGUAUACAGCCUGGGCCUAUCAGCAUGAGCUGGAGGAGACCACAGUGCCUGAGAUCCAGAGGACUAGCCUGGGCAAUGUUGUACUGCUGCUCAAGAGCUUAGGGAUCCAUGACCUAAUGCACUUUGAUUUCCUGGACCCUCCACCAUAUGAGACCCUACUGCUAGCUUUGGAGCAGCUGUACGCUCUGGGAGCCCUCAAUCACCUGGGGGAGCUCACCACGUCUGGUCGAAAGAUGGCAGAGCUGCCAGUGGACCCCAUGUUAUCAAAAAUGAUCUUGGCUUCUGAGAAGUACAGCUGUUCAGAGGAGAUCCUGACAGUGGCUGCCAUGCUCUCUGUCAACAACUCCAUCUUCUACAGACCCAAAGAUAAGGUUGUCCAUGCUGAUAAUGCCCGAGUCAACUUCUUCCUCCCUGGUGGGGACCACCUGGUUCUGCUAAACGUGUAUACACAGUGGGCUGAGAGUGGCUACUCUUCCCAGUGGUGCUAUGAGAACUUUGUACAGUUCAGAUCUAUGCGCCGAGCCCGGGAUGUGCGGGAACAGCUAGAGGGGCUCUUGGAGCGAGUAGAAGUCGGUCUGAGUUCCUGCCAAGGGGACUAUAUCCGUGUACGCAAGGCUAUCACUGCUGGCUACUUUUACCACACAGCACGGCUGACACGUAGUGGCUAUCGCACUGUGAAACAGCAGCAGACAGUGUUCAUUCAUCCCAACUCUUCCCUCUUCGAGCAACAGCCACGCUGGCUGCUCUACCAUGAACUUGUCUUGACCACCAAGGAGUUCAUGAGACAGGUAUUGGAGAUUGAGAGCAGCUGGCUUCUGGAAGUGGCUCCCCAUUAUUACAAGGCCAAAGAGCUAGAAGAUCCUCAUGCUAAGAAAAUGCCCAAAAAAAUAGGCAAGACACGAGAAGAACUAGGGUAGAGGAAAGGAGACAAAUGGAACCUGACACCAGCUCCUCCUUUUCCUUCCAUAUAUUAUUUAAUAUCUACUAAAUAAAAUUAUUUUUGGAAUAAA